GACCACUUCUCCAGUGGGCGGAUCCGCGAGGGGAUCUCUCGGGCUCUGAUUGGUCUAUUGCAGCUCACAGUGGGUCUUAUAUCCAAUUGGACGAUCUUGGUGUCAAUCAGUGGACGGACCGUUCAGAAUUCGUAAGCAGUUUCGGUGAACGUUUUUUUUAACGUAAACCUGUGGCGGGAGUAACAGUUAUUCGGCGGUUGGUCGGUCGGUCGGUCGGUCGAUUGUCUGCAGGAAACAGAGGCUGAAUUGGGAAACAUGGCUGAAACCGGCGCAGGGCUGAAGUCCCACGGUGAGAACACAGCCCUGAGCUCGCUUCAGGAACAUGAUCAGAAGGCUCAGCUGGAGGACAUUCUGCUCAGACCCCACAACUACGUCGGCUCUGUGGAGCCGCUCACACAGAAAAUGUGGGUGUUUGAUGCAGAGGUGGGACUGAACUGUCGGGAGGUGACAUUCGUUCCUGGCCUCUUGAAGAUAUUUGAUGAGAUCCUGGUAAACGCUGUGGAGAACAAGCGGAGAGACGGCAGCACCGACUGCAUCAAGAUCAAGAUCAAGAUUGACCCUGAGAGAAACUCCAUCCGGAUCUGGAACAACGGAAAGGGGGUUCCUGUGGUGGAGCACCAGGUGGAGAAGGUCUUUAUUCCUGCGCUGAUCUUCGGUCAGCUGAUCUCCUCCAGCAGCUGGGAUAAUGUAGAAGAUGAAGAUGAUCAGCAGAAGAUCACAGGUGGGGGAAAUGCUUAUGGUGCAAAGCUGUGUAAUAUCUUCAGCACCAAGUUCACCGUGAAAACCGCCUGUAGUGAGUCAGGGGCUUCCUUCAAGCAGACUUGGUUUGAGAACAUGAGUCGUGCCGGUGAGGCGGAGAUCAACCCGUUCAGCGGUAAGGACCACACCUUCGUCACCUUCCACCCAGACCUGAGCAGGUUCCAGAUGCAGUCGCUGGACCGAGACACCGUGGCCCUCAUGACCAGGAGAGCGUAUGACGUCGCCGGGUCCUCCCCGGGUGUGCGGGUCUACCUCAACGGCACCAGGCUGCCUGUGGACGGAUUCCGGAGUUACGUGGAUUUGUAUCUGAAGGAUAAAGUGGACGAGACGGGCUCUCCUCUCACUCCAUCACUUCAUCCUAGUGCUUACUUUAACAGUGUUAAAAAGCUGAAGCGGCUCUUAGACGUGCUUUUCUCUGCUUUCUCUCUCCAGGCCAGUGGUUGUGAGUUUGUGAAAAGCGUAGAGAACAGCGUAAAGUUUACGUCUGAAACUCAGCUCAGCGAGAGUUCUGCUGUUAAUCACACGAAGAUCAGGGGUGUGGCCAGACUGUACGACGCUAAGGAUGCAGGGGGUGAAAACUCAGCCGGCUGCACUCUGAUCCUAACCGAGGGAGAUGGGGUCCAAGACCUGGCCGUGUCCGGACUCGAUGUGGUGGGACGCCAUCUCUACGGGGUCUUCCCCCUGAGGGGGAAAAUGCUCAGCGUGCGAAAUGCCUCUCGUGAACAGAUAAUGGAGAACUCUGAUAUCUCUGACCUCGUGAAGAUCCUGGGUCUGCAGUAUGAUGAGAACUACAGCGACCCCGAUUCACUCAAAUCCCUCCGAUACGGAAGAGUGCUGAUGAUGACGGAUCGGGAUCUGGUAGGGUCUUGUAGUAGAGGGCUCCUGAUUAACUUCUUUCACCACUUCUGGCCCUCGCUGCUGCAGCACAGCUUUCUGGAGGAGUUCCUCCCUCCCAUCGUUAAGGCGUCCUGUAAGAACCAGGAGCUUUCCUUCUACAGUAUCCCAGAGUUCACCGAGUGGAAGGAGCAGCAGAUCAACCUCAAAUCAUGGAAGAUCAAACACUGCAAAGGUUUGGGUUCCUGCACAGCCAAGGAGAUCAGAGAGUAUUUCAGGAACCUGGCGAGGCAUCGAAUUCCCUUUAAGUACUCGGGUCCUGCGGAUGAUGAGGCUAUCGUCAUGUUCUUUAGUAAGGAGAAAGCGUAUGAAAGAAGGCAGUGGUUCGCCAGGUUCAUGAAUGACAGGCGCCGGCGUCGAGGGAAGAACCUACCGCAGGAGAACCUGUACAGUAAGGAGACCUCCUCCCUCUCCUACCAGGACUUCAUCAACAAGGAGCUGGUGCAGGCCAUGCAGACCUGCUGGUUGCACCACGUCCCUUGCCUGGCGGACGGUCUGACAUCAGUCCAGAGGAAGGUGUUGUUCUGCUGCUUCAAGCGGAAGGAUAAGAGGGAGGUGAGCGUGGCUCAGCUCGCCUCUUCUGCUGCACAGAUGACUGCUUACUACACUGGAGAGGUUCCUCUGGAGAAGGUCAUCGUGGAUUUGGCGCAGAACUUUGUCGGUAGCAACAACCUGAACCUGCUUCAGCCUUUGGGUCAGUUCGGCACUCGGCUGCUCGGAGGCCGAGACUCGGCCGGUGCCAGAUGCCUCUUCACCGAGCUCAGCUCUCUCACCCGACUGCUCUUCCCUUCUGUGGACGACGUCCUGCUCAACUACAACUACCAUGACGGCAUGAGGGUGGAGCCUGAGUGGUACCUUCCCAUCAUCCCCCUGGUGCUGGUCAACGGUGUGGAUGCCCUCGGCAUAGGAUGGCUGAGCAAACUUCCCAAAUACGACGUUCGUGAAAUCGUCCAGAACAUCCAUCGAAUGCUGGACGGUAAAGAGCCUCUGCCCAUGCUUCCCAGCUAUAAGGGAUUCAGGGGAACCGUUGAGGAGCUGGGGCAGAACCAGUACAUGAUCAGUGGAGAGGUGGAGAUCAUGGACUCCACCACUAUCGUUAUCUCGGAGCUGCCUGUGAAAAGCUGGACUCAGACCUACAAAGAGACGGUGCUGGAGGAGAUGCUGAACGGCUCUGAGGAAGAACCGGCCCUGAUCACCGACUACGAGGAGCAGCACACCGACAACACGGUGCGCUUUGUGGUGAAAAUGACCGAGGAGACGCUCCAAGCUGCUGCUGCUGUAGGUCUGCACAAGAUCUUCAGACUGCAGAACCGCCUCGACUGCAAACAAAUGGUGUUGUAUGAUGUUCUGGGUUUUCUGAAGAAGUACGAGUUGGUGCAGGACAUUCUGAGGGAUUUCUUUGAUCUGCGGUUGAAAUACUACGUCCUGAGGAAGAACCGGCUGCUCGGCAUGCUGGAAGCUGAGAUCAAUAACCUGCAUAAUCAGACCGCCUUCAUUAUGCAGAAGAAUGAACGUACUCUGGUGUUUGGAAACACUCGUAAGGAGACGAUCAUCGCGAUGCAGAAGAUGGGUUAUCAGUCGGACCAUAUUAAAGUGUGGAAACGAGCCCAAGAGAAGGGAGUGGAGGAAGAGUCCGAAGAGGAUGAUGAGGAAGAGGAAGAAGGAGGUUCAGGACCGGACUACAACUACCUGCUGAACAUGCCCGUGUGGUUCCUCACCUCAGAGAAGAAGGAGGAGCUCUGGAGGCAGAGGGAUGAGAAGAUCACAGAGCUGAAGGUGCUGCAGAGGAAGGAGGCUUCAGAUCUGUGGAGGGAGGAUCUCGCUGCCUUCAUAGAGGAGCUGGAGCGAGUGGAGCAGGAGCAGGAGGAGUCCCAGCUCACACUGACCCAGGUUCAGGGGAAAGAGGGCGGAGCCGAGGAGGUAAAGAGGAAGAACCGGACCUGGCCUACACCUCAGGAAUGUGUCACCGGGGCUGAGAGUGAGGGAAGUGUGGAGGUGAUGAUGAUGAUGGAAGUUGAGGAAGAGGAAGCAGGAGAAGCUGUGGAGACGGGACCGGAUGCUCCUCUUACCAAGAAAGCAAAAAAAAGGUGUAGAAAGUGGAAAGGUAACAGGAAAAGAAAAGCUCCUGCAGAGGUUGAGCUCAGUGCUGUUCCUAACCGAGGAGAUUCUGCUGUUCAGCCUCCAGCGAAGAAGAAGAAGUGGCAGAAUAAAAAAAAGAAGCAGCAGCAGGAGCAGAAAAAGAAGCAGCAGCAGGAGCAGAAAAAGAAGCAGGAGCAGAAAAAGAAGCAGCAGCAGGAGCAGAAAAAGAAGCAGGAGCAGAAAAAGAAGCAGCAGCAGGAGCAGAAAAAGAAGCAGGAGCAGAAAAAGAAGCAGCAGGAGCAGAAAAAGAAGCAGCAGCAGAAAAAGAAGCAGCAGCAGGAGCAGAAAAAGAAGCAGCAGCAGGAGCAGAAAAAGAAGCAGCAGCAGGAGCAGAAAAAGAAGCAGCAGCAGGAGCAGAAAAAGAAGCAGGAGCAGAAAAAGAAGCAGGAGCAGAAAAAGAAGCAGGAGCAGAAAAAGAAGCAGGAGCAGAAAAAGAAGCAGCAGGAGCAGAAAAAGAAGCAGCAGCAGAAAAAGAAGCAGCAGCAGGAGCAGAAAAAGAAGCAGCAGCAGGAGCAGAAAAAGAAGCAGCAGCAGGAGCAGAAAAAGAAGCAGCAGCAGAAAAAGAAGCAGCAGCAGGAGCAGAAAAAGAAGCAGCAGCAGGAGCAGAAAAAGAAGCAGCAGCAGGAGCAGAAAAAGAAGCAGCAGCAGAAAAAGAAGCAGCAGCAGAAAAAGAAGCAGCAGCAGCAGCAGAAUCUAAAAAAUCUGUAGAAAAAAGAUUUAUCCAGUACUGUUCACAAAGGUUUACAUAUGUUUAAAACUGAGCAAAUGUGUUCAUAACUGAGCAAAACUAAACAUAUAAUAAACCUAUUUAGUUAUUGA